AGCGAGCCCUCCUUGCAGUGCAGAGGCGAGCAUAAGCAGAAUUUAGUGGGAACAUCUGCUCUUCGUUUCACCGAGAGAAGCAUCAGCUUGGGUACUGGCGAGGAUUUACCAAAAUAUAGCGAGCGUUUGGUGUCAUCAUGUGCGCGCGCACGACUAACGCUGUAUGAGGGCUCAGGAAGCAGUGGUAUGCAGCGGCGAGGAGUGUUGCUACGUCGACACACAAGCGCUCACGUAACUCAUCAUUUUGCCCACUGCAAGAACACGGACAAAGAACCUCAGUCAGAGGAGGUUAUUGACGGGGACGAAAACGAGAUAUUUGGUGACGAGAAGACAGAAGAAAGUUUCUCCAGCUGUUCUGACAGCGAAGAUUCCAAGAACGAACGUGAAAAGCCAGAGGCUUUGGGUAUGAUGUAUGAAUUCGAAUGUGGACACGUGACACCUUGCAGUCUUGCGCACAAACACCACGCCCAGCCAAACAUAGGCUAUUCAUAUGUGUUACAGGUCACUAAUGAAUUAAGUGAUAAUGAUGAUGAGAAUAAUAAAACUAAGUAUGAUCGAGAGAAAAGUAAAAAUAAUGAGGAGCCUGGGACGAGUGAAGGAGAUGAAGACAGUUGUGGAUCGCCAUCGAAUCCUUCUGUGUCAAGCAUUGAGAUUAUUAAGGAUGAUUUUGUUGAGGAUAGCUAAUAUGAUGGACUCAGAAAUAAUUGUUAAAACUGUAAACGUCGAAGUAAUUAUUAGUCACACUUUUAUUUUAUAUAUGCGCCCGA